AUGGUCAAACAUCAUCUGAUGAUAGGCACGUGGACGCCGCCUGGUGUAAUCAUCACCGUCGCGUUUGACGAUGAGACGUUGGAGCUGGAAUUAGUGAAGAAGACAGAGAUCCCUGAAGAUGAGCCCAUCAGCUGGAUGGCAUUCGACCAUCAAAGGAAGAACAUCUAUGGCUCGUCCAUGAAGAAAUGGAGCUCUCAUGAAGUCAAGAACCCUGGUGAGAUUGUGCAUUCUGGAAGCUUUCCGAUCGGUGGCCAUCCCAAAGCCAACGAUGCCGACACCAAAACACGCGCCAUCUUCCUCCUCCCUUCGAAAAAACCGCCGUAUGCCGUAUACUGUAACCCCUUUUACGACUACGCUGGAUAUGGCAAUGUCUUUUCCGUCGACUCUUCUGGUCGCAUGAAGGAGAACAUCCAGAACUUCGAAUACUGCGACAAGACGGCGAUCCACGGUAUGGUCUUUGACCCCACAGAAACAUACCUCUAUAGUGCAGACAUGUGGGCGAACAGGAUAUGGUGUCACAAGAAGAUCGACGACGAAGGCAGAGUUGAGACGGUAGGAUACACAGAAGCACCUGCGCCAAAGGAUCAUCCACGAUGGGUUGAGAUGCAUCCCAGUGGGAAUUACCUCUACGCCUUGAUGGAGGCAGGGAACAGACUGUGUGAGUACGUGAUUGACCCGCAGACGAAGCUACCAGUCUACACGCACAAGACGUACCCAUUGAUUCCACCUGGUAUCCCCAAUGCGAAAACAAUGUACCGAUCCGACGUUUGCUUCCUCACAAAGUCCGCGAACUACCUCUUUGCAACCUCCCGCUCGAACUCCUUCUCGCUCACGGGCUACAUCGCAGCUUUCAAGAUUGCGCCAUCUGGUGUAAUUGAGCGACAGAUAUGCUUGAAUCCCACGCCAACAUCCGGUGGGCAUUCGAAUGCAGUAUCGCCAUGCCCGUGGAGUGACGAGUGGCUGGCGCUUACUGAUGAUGAGAAGGGCGGUGUAGAGAUAUACAGAUGGCAAGACGAGUUUCUAGCCAGAGUUGCGAGAUUGGAGAUUGGAGAGAAGGGAUUUGGUAUGAAUGCUAUUUGGUACGACUAGAUAGAUAGGAAAGAGCCAUAGUACAAUAACAUCGAAUCAGCCAA